GCUAAUGUGGACCACCGGACGGAUGCCGUCAUUCAGACCACAAUUCGCCGCAAAUUCAGUGACCGUACGGUCCUUACGAUCGCUCACAGACUCAACACUAUUAUAGACUGCGACCGCGUUUUGGUGUUAGACGCGGGAGAGAUCGUCGAGUUUGACGAACCCUUGGCUUUACUGCAACGGAGGGGACAGUUGUACGACAUGUGCAGAAAGACCGGCGAAGAUAUGUUCAACCAUUUGAUGAAUUCGGCCGAAGAGUCACAUCGACAGCAAUUGAACGCCAAUGAAGUGGUGGAGGAACCGGAGGACAGGGAGUCGAGCGGUUCGGAUGAUAGACAUACCAACCAUAAGGACAAUGUUGUGGACAAUGAAUGAGAUCUAUGACUGCAUUCAUACGACCGAUAAGCUAUUGAAAUGAAAUACUCGACAAUAUUUCACAUAAACUUGUCAUUCAUUUCUAUUUAAUUAGUAAUUAUUA